AUGGCUGGUUUCGGAGAUUACAGUUCUUAUAACAGGCCGUACGGCUUGGAUCCCAAUAGAGAAUCAAAUGAUUUGUAUGAUACCCGCUACCAGCAAAUAUACGGGUACCAUACACCAGUGACUGAAGAAUAUCAGGGGCCUCCUUUAGUCAUGGAUGAUAUACCAGAAGAAGAUAAUAAUGCCUAUGUCACAACUGCAAUAAGUGUCGCGAGUUUAAUCACUGAGAACUUGUUAAGCCACCCAUUUAUUGUUCUACGAAGACAAUGCCAGGUCCACAACAGUCUUAGAAGUUAUCACAUAGUUCCAUACACUUUACUCCCGGUUGUGGUGAGGCUGCACCGACGGCAGGAUGUUACAACUCUGUGGAAGGGCAUUGGUUCCACUUGCAUUGUGAAAGGACUUAACUUGGCUGUGGAAGAUGUUGUUGCCAAAGGAACAGGGUGGCCCAAGGAGAUUGACAAAUGUGGUUCUGUGUUACAAUUUCUGCAGCACAUUACAUUAAAGUGUGUGAGUGUGGCAAUCAUCACACCAUUCUACUCAGCAAGCCUUGUGGAAACUGUGCAGAGUGACAUAGCAAGUGACAAGCCAGCAUUGCUGGAUGUAUUCAGGGAAGGAUUCCUGCGUAUCCUAGAAUGGGGAACACCCAGCAGAGGGAGAAUGCUGCCAAUUUGGGCUAUAGUCUUGCCCACUGCUGCACUAGGAGUUUCAAAAUAUCUGGCACAUGUUGCACUAAGAAGUAUCACAGCAAAGAUCAUUAGGUUCCAGCAAAGAAAUAAACAUGAAUUGAGUGAUUCAUACAAUAUGAAUUAUAAUAAGAAUUCUCAAAAUCCACUUAUUGAAGAUAUCAAUUUGAAGGCCAAUAUUUUCUCAUUCAUAACAAUGGAGAUCUUAUUUUAUCCAGUGGAAACAAUCAUUCAUAGAUUGCAUAUACAGGGCACAAGAACUAUAAUUGACAACCUGGACACUGGCACAUCAGUGACACCCAUCCUCACCGGCUACGAGGGCUUCAUGGACUGCUACCACACAACCAUUGCCCGAGAGGGCGUGGCAGGACUAUACAAAGGAUUUGGAGCCCUGGUUUUGCAACUGGCAGCACAUUUAGCCAUCAUAAAGUUAACAACAUUUGUUGUUUCAGAAGUCUCCAAUCUAUUAAAACCAGCUAAAUCUCCAACUAACUCAGAAGACUCUGUGCACUCCCAACAAAAAUACUUGUUCAACUAAUUUGUUGUAAGUCCUUUACUGUUAAAUCACAUUGUUGGAUUUUAAGAAUAAAAGUAUUUGAAACAAAUUUCUCAAAAUAGAUUUCAUUAAGCAUACAAGAAAUUACAUCCCCUAUAAAUAAACUCUGGAUCCUGAAUGUUUUCUAUGUAUUGAGGCUUGUUAUCAUGCUCAAAUCAAAUGUUCAUGUAUGUUAUUAUUGUAAUCUGUAGUGAAAAAAAAAAUAGUUUAGCCUGAACUCUUUUUUAUUUAUUUUUUACC